AAAAAAAAACUACAUCUCCCAGAGUGAAAUCGGGGAUUAGCCGGUUUCUGGUUCAAUAUACGAUGCAGCCGCAGUUCUUCAAACACUGAGACCAGCACGGGUUAUCCUGAUCCUGGUCAGUGAGGAACGUCAUACUGGGGAUUGGCUUGAGGCCUUUGGUGAAAAAUUCUCGUACAAACCAAUAUGGGAGCUGUUUACUGAAUAUUUUUUAAACUUUUUAAAAUGGCCGAGUAACAAUAAAUUGCUUAUAUAUACGCAAACGACUGCCGUAAACAUUAAUUAAACGACAGGGGAUUUUAUUUGAAAUACAGUAAAAGAAAUGCAUACAAGUAUUUUCUCGCAUGCUGCCCGAUGUUCACUCGUAACUUGAAUCUCCUGGGCAGGAGUUGGUUCACCCAAACAGAGGUCUCCCAUAACAGCUGGAGGAGCCCAUACCUGUGUAGCCCUGCAUGGUGGACUGGCCUGCCCCCUUGGAUGCAACAAUCAUACCACAGUGGAUCCCAUUCUAUGAAUUUCAAGCCCCUGAGCUGUAGCUGUGGCUCUGUCUGGAGCAGAUCACCCAGACAGAAAUUUUGUCAGGUGGCACCCUUUCACAGUUCCAGUGGUCUUAUGGAGCUUUGGGACAGUGAACCCGAGUUCAAAAGGAGAUGCAAGGAUGAGAGGCCCAGGGAGGCACUCGGACACAGAGGAUGGAAUUCCUCUUACAGGGCAGACAGCCGAACACAAAACCUCCAUUCAUUUUCUCAGAAUGGACCUGCGGAACCAAUUACUUCAGGCAACAGUCAAACGACACCAGAGCAAAUUAGGAAAAGAAGAGGAACUGUUGGCUACGCAUAUGCAGGACGAAUACAAAGACACUGGGAAGAUUUCUUGCAAUACAAAGAAAAAUCAAGACCGCAUGCAGAAGUGUACAUUGUUGACGGGGGAAAAAGGGAAGAAUUUGACUUUACAGUCAUGUCUUACAACAUCCUUUCUCAACACUUGUUGGAGGAUAAUGCACACUUGUACAAGCACUGCAGACGUCCAAUAUUACACUGGGGUCAUAGAUUCCCCAACAUUGAGCAGGAACUCAAACAACACAAUGCAGAUAUUUUGUGUCUGCAAGAAGUUCAAGAGGAUCACUACGAAACCCAGAUCAAACCAAGUCUAGAGUCCUUAGGUUACCACUGCGAAUACAAGAUGCGGACAGGUAGAAAACCUGAUGGCUGUGCCAUUGGUUUCAAGCAAUCUAAAUUUUCCCUUGUAUCAAGUCACCCGGUUGAGUUUUUCCGUCAUGGCAUCCCACUGUUAGACAGGGACAAUGUGGGACUGAUUCUGCUGCUGAAACCUGCAGCUACACAGAGCCCUGCCCCCAGUAUCUGUGUGGCCAACACUCAUCUGCUGUAUAACCCCAGACGAGGAGACAUCAAGCUGACCCAGCUAGCAAUGCUGCUGGCAGAGAUCGGUCGAGUCUCUGUUCAAGAAGAUGGCAGCUGCUGCCCCAUCAUCCUCUGUGGUGACUUCAACUCCGUGCCAGGUUCACCGCUCUACAGUUUUGUGAAAGAAGGGAAACUGGAUUAUGAAGGACUUCUUAUUAGCAAGAUUUCUGGACAAGAACAGACUCCUCGAGGCCAGCGUAUGUUGUCUGUGCCCCUUUGGCCUAAAAGCCUUGGGAUAUCUUGCCGCUGUCAAUAUGAAACUGGAUACAAUAGCAAUACAGACAAAUCCACUGAAGAUACAGUAGACAAUUUUAAUGUGCCUUCAGCUGUCAGUCAAGAUAAAUCAUCUCCAAGUGAAAAAGACCAUUUGAGGGUUCGGUCAAGUAUUGAACACCAGUUUAACUUGACCUCAGUUUACUCCCAUUACCUGUCAGAGGGCGGGAGGCCAGAGAUAACAACUUGUCACUCCAAGACAGCCACUACUGUGGAUUACAUUUUCUACUCUGCAGCCAAAGAUGAUCUCCCUGUAGAAGCAGCAGGGGGCAGCACAAACCACAAUGGCCAGUUGCAAGUUCUUGCCAGGCUAUCUCUUCUCAGUGAAAAUGAAUUGUGGCCUGUUAAUGGACUGCCGAAUGAGCACAACUCCUCUGAUCACCUGCCUUUGUUGGCCAAAUUUAGACUGCUGCACUAACAUAAUGAGCCUCAUGCUGUGCGUUUACUUUGUACUUUCCAACUAACCAAAACCAUGCAAACAGUGUAAAGUGUUCUUGUGUUAUUGUUUUCUGGGUUUUUUGUUUGUUUUACUUUUUUUACUUUGUACAGUAUUUGUUAAAGAUUUUAUUGAAUAUAUUGUGGGUAAUUUUAAAGAUGCACGAAUAUAGAGUUGACAUAGUUUAGAAGCAAGUGGUAGACACGCUAUUUUGAAACCUGGUUCUAAGAAUCCAACCUAUAUUAACAGUAUGUCACUUGGUUUGAAUAGGUAUAUUUAGACAGAAUAUUGAUUCCUGUGAUUUUUAAGCUGCACAACAUUACAUUUUUUUCUUGGUGAUCCUAUGUUUGAAAUUUUAUGUCAUUACCAAUAUUCUAUCCGGUAGGUAGUCCAAGACUAGUGAUAAUCAUGCUUUUUGAAACCAACCAUGAAGGUUAAGAAAUUGUUGGUCUUUGAUUAACUGUCAAGGUAGACUUCGGUUUGUUUAUGUCUUCAUUGUAGAUGCAUGUGUCUGUUUUACCGCUGCGCUGUGAAAAUGUACAGUAAAAACUUUCCAUAGGCUAAACCCCUGUACAGUAGCCAAUAUGUUUUUAUUUAUCAAAACUAUUCAAUCUGGUAAUUAUUGCUACAAAAACUGCUGCUUUUUGUUUUUCAAAACAAAAAUAUCAGGGAGUGUAACUACCACUCUAGAAUGUAGCCUAGUAAAUUAAGCAAUCAUUUUUAAUGAAAAAAAGGAUAAUUUUAAUAAGUUGUCAUUUAAGAAGUGAACCAUAUAUCAAAGUACUGUUUUUAUAAAAAAAAAAAGUGUAUAUAUAAAAACCUUAAACUAUUCUUAUUUACAUGUGCAGUGCAGUUUGAUAAUUUAGUUUGAUUUGUUACCAGUGAAGUUGCAUUUUUCCCUGAUCUCUGACGAUGCAUUACUGUGGAUUUUAUAUGAAUGAGCAAUGACUUACUUUUAAAAAGUGUAAAUUCAGCAUCUGCCCUAGCUAUUGCUACAGAGCUAUAAUACGUACCCACCAAACAUGGGUUUACUUUAAAACCAGACCACAAAGAUAAAAUUGCUGACCAUGGAUGUAUCAGUAAAAACAAAUUAAAAAAAUAUUCUGUGUAAAACCUCUCCUAUUUUAAUGAUCUAAAGCUGGGAUGUUCAGCUGUGAUCCACACAGUCCAGGUUUUGUCCAAUCACAUACGACAAAAUUAUGUAAAAUAAUUGUUUUAAAAGCUUGUUAUGAACUGGAUAAAUACAACAGACUAACCUUGAGCACAAUAAAGCUGGACUGUUUAAUGUUGAACACUUGUGGUCUUGGAAGCUGAAUAAUAGUGCAGGUUUUUAAUUUAAGAUGUGACUGUGUCAAAUAUGGUGUUUUUAGGGUCUCCUGAGUGGUGCAUCCAAUAAAGGCGCUCAGUGUGGAGAUCGCAGGUUCGAAUCCUGUCAUUGCCGACUUUGACCUGGAGUUCCUUAGUGGUGGCGCACAAAUUGGCCGAGCGCCGCCCGGGUAUGGAGGGCUUAGGUUGGCAGGACAAUCCACAGUUCACUGCGCACCAGCUACCCGUGGCUGAUAGGGCGCCUGUGCGUCUGCAGUGGAGCCAUUCAGAUCUGUGUUGUCCUCCAGCACUAAAGGAUCCGCAGUACGAAAAAUUAUGGAUUGGCAGGAACCCUUUUUCGGAGGACACGCGUUUCAUCCUCUGUUCCCCGAGGUCGCCCGGGGGUUGCAGCGGUGUUUUUACCAGUAAUAAAUUGCUUUGAUGUUUCAUGAAUAUGUUGUAACAAGAGAAAAUCAAACUGUACAUUUCUUUUGUAAAUUAGUUCAAUAAAUU